UACAAACGAUCUGAUAUUUACCGAUUAGAAAUAGUUUUUAAAAAAAUACAAAAAAAUAUCCCUAGAGCAUCCUUCAUAGGUGUGAAAGGAAUUCUAAUGGGUGAUUAAUUUAAGAGUAGAUAUUAAAACAGAUGUUCAAUUUUACAAGUUGAAGGAACCUCAAAGAAAAUCUCGAAUAACGGGUGGAUAUGCUAAACUAUUUAUAAAGAAAAUGUAAUUAAAUUAUAACGCAUGGAUAUGACAAACUAUUUCUAAGAAAAGAGAAAAAGAAAUUAAAUCAUUAUUUUUUCUUUUUAUUUUGCCAAUGAUGGUAAAAGUGAGAUUAGAUGUAAUGUAGAAAGAAUUAGCCGUGCUGGCAAUGACUACAGAGAAAUUGCAUUCAGUAGUAAACAGAAGCAAUAGUUGCUGAAAAUGCUGGCUAACGAUCGGCUGACUACUAAAGUUUCAGAUAAGACAGAAGAAAGGCUAGCUUAGUGCUGCUAGUUUAUAAAAGACUGAGGGGAAAUUAAAAUUGCUGAGUUCUCGCCAUGUGGCACUGGAGCUUCCCAGGGACAUAAGAACUGUCUUUUAAGGUUUUUAACUGCUUUUCUUUGAAAUAUUACUGCUACGAUGAUUAUUACAAAUAAUCUUUCUUAAGUAAAAAAAAACUGAACUUUAAACGGAAUGAGGGAUCUUUACGAAAGAUUUCGUUUCACUUUGUGAAUAUUUUUUCUCUGCGAUGUUUUCUGUUGAUUCUCCAAUUACUUCAGGAUGGCAGCAGGAGCUUACCACGGUAGCUUAGUAAAAGCUAUUCAAUCACUGGAUUCUUUGAACGACCAAAUUGUACAAUACAUCUUUCUGCCACGAGAUGUUACUCUUGACUUGGACCGGGAACUGUCUUCUCAAGAACAUGAAACUCUGCGCUCCUCCAUGUUACUUAUUAGGCGUUUGUUGAUGGACGCCCAAAGUAAAUUUCGGAAAAUGGUCGAAGACAAUAAGCAGCUUGCAGCACGUAUAGAUGGCUCUAUUCACUUAGCUAACCAAGAAGUAAAUGCAUUACGAUCAGAACUUGCUAGUACCAACAAACGCCUCACACAAAUCACCAGUGAAAGUUCUAAACCUAAUCAACACCUUUUGCCUUUAACAUUUCAUGACAAUGAUUGUAAUCAACAAAACCAGAUUGUCCCAGUAUCAAGUGUGACAAAUGAUUUCGCAUAUCUAAUUGAGAAAAACAAACAUCUUGAACAGCAAGUGUCCAAUCUUCUGCAAGAAUUGGAAGAUCUUCGUACAAUAAAGCAUGUUCCUCAUGUCCACCAAGCAGGCUAUGGAGAAUUGAAACUAGAUGUUAUCCAAAAGUCACAGGAUUUAAUCAGAGCUAAGGAAGCCUUACAAAAUAAGGAAUCCUAUCUUAGAGUUUUUCUCUUGCAUUUAAUGUUUAAAGAAUCAAUAAAUUGCUGGCUUUUCAAACCAGUGAAUGUGUAA